AUGAUUGGAAUCAAACAGUUUCGUCAAAUAUCUACCAUAAACAGGAGGAAAAAAUUGGCUGUUAUUGGAUCUGGUCCUUCGGCAUUCUACACAGUUUUGAACAUCUUGAAGAAAAAUGCAGGUAAUGUUGAAAUUGAUAUGUUUGAGCAACAUCCGUCCCCAUUUGGACUCGUCAGGUACGGGGUAGCCCCAGACCAUCCGGAAGUUAAGAACUGUAUUGAUCGGUUUAACGAUAUCUCCGAGUUCAUAACUUUGGGCAAUUUCAAGUAUUUUGGUAACGUCCCUGUGUCUAAAGAUUCUACCAAGUCUCUUUCGUUACAGGAAUUGUAUGAUAACUAUAAUGAUAUCCUAUAUGCAUAUGGAUCAAGCUUGCCCAACUUACCCGAAGUUGCAGGUAUCGAGCAUCCAGGCAUAAUCUCCUCUUAUGAAUUUGUCAAUUGGUAUAACGGUCAUCCAAAUCACCAAGACUACGAAAUUCCACUGAAGGAGGUGACCGAUGUCUCUAUUGUGGGCAAUGGGAAUGUAGCAAUAGACAUCGUUCGGAUAUUGCUUGCCCCAAGUGACGGAUAUUGGUCCAAGACCGACAUCUCAUCCAAAGCAUUGGCAACUCUAGCUGAAAGUCGAGUCAAGCGGGUCAACGUGUUGGCUAGAAGAGGGGUUUUGGAUAGCAAAUUCACUAAUAAAGAGUUGAGGGAACUGUUGGAAAUGGAUAAGCUAGGUGUCUAUUUCCAAGGUUGGAAUGAUUCGUCAUUCAAGGAGCAACUAGCCGAUGUCAAGUUAAACAGAAUCAACAAGAGACGGGUCUCCUUAUUAAACAAAUAUAACCAUCGGGAAUUCAGCAAAGAAGAAGUCGAAAAUGGGAAGUUUUGGAAUCUACAGUACCUCAAGUCUCCAGUAGGGUUUAAGGUUCAUAAUGAGAGGCUACUCUCUGAGACAAUUGUAGCUGAAAACCAGCUACUUUUCAAAGAUGGCAAAUGGACGAUUGAGCAGUCGGGCAAGAUAGGAGCCGUUAAGAACCAGCUGGUGAUAUUGGCGACUGGAUACAAAUGUGAACCGUUGAAAGAAUUCAAAGAACUAGGUAUACCAUUUGAGAAUGGCAGAAUACCAAAUAACAACGGAAAAGUUGAAAAUGUGGACCAUUCAUACUGUGUUGGAUGGGUGAGCAAUGCAUCUCGGGGGAAUAUCAAUUCUACGGUUGCCGAUAGUGAAGUUGUUGCGGAUACAAUUCUAAGAGAGUGGGAGAAGGAAAAUGAGGAUGAUGAUGAAAAGAAGGGGAGGGCAGUUAUUGAAGGUAUUCUCAAAGAGAGAGGCAUGGAGCCGGUCGACUGGGAGAGAUGGAAUAAGAUCCACCAAUUGGAAAAACUACAAGGUUCAGUAAAGGGUAAACCGUACGAGAAGUUGGCAUUCAAUGACAUGCUUGACAGGACAAGUCAAGACAAAACAAGACAAGACAGUGAUUAA